CCGCGGCCGUGCUUUGUUUCACGCCCAGAUUAUCCACGGAACUGCUGCGCCAGCAGCCACCCGACACGCUCGCGACACUCGACCGCCUGCCCGCUGAGCACCACGAGGCUACAUCCACAUGCGCGCUAUGGACGCCUCCUUCUCCGACCCCGAGCUCGACCUGAGCGAUGUGCAGAUGCCUCCCAACGACGACAUACCAGAAGAGGCCGAGAUGAUCCUCUCAGAUGGAGCCGAAAGCAGCCUGCCAUUCUCUCCACCCCCGCGCAUUGCUGCCCGCUUCUAUCGCCCGUCGACCACCCGCCGGAAGUCGUCAGCGACCUCGUCUCGUCGCAACUCAAUAUCCUCCACACAGUCUCACACAUCCACUCGCUCCUUCCGCAACGCUUGCCAGAGCCACCACAUAGCCCAGCAUCUGCGACGUGCCUCCAUCCUUGAGACCCGCAAGGCUAGACUGGCAGAUCGAGCAGCCCACGCUGAGCAGGUCCGAUUGAGAGCUGCGCUGGCAAAGGCCGCGCCUCGCAACUCUAACAUUGAAGAGAAGGCGUUGGCAGCCCAACAAGCUCGCGAACGCCAUUUGGCACAGGUGGCUGCAGCAUGCGCCGAAGAAGUGCGCCGCGCAAAGAAAGUCGCAGAAGACAUGAAGGAGCGCAAAGCCGCUGAAGAACGGAGAACACGCCAGGAAAUGGAAGACAGGCUUGCUGAAGCCGAGAAGAGAAGAUUGGAGUAUAAACGCAACACCCGCAGGCCAAGGACCGCCAGCUCGCCCCCGGCCGAUGCGAAAAAGCCUAUAAUGCCUCGUGCGGUCAGUCCUGAAGAGGCUGCGAAGCGUAUUCAGUCAGCCUGGAGAGCCAGAGCUAGGAAGAACAUUGUUGAUGCAUGGCUAGCAUUUGGUCUUUCCAUCGACAAGGUCCACGCUCAUGGAUUUGAGGAGGUCACAGCUUUGCUGAACGAGCAGAAGGUCCUGGCAGCCACGGAACAGAUAAUGAAUCUGUUCGGCCUACUGUUUGGAGAAGAUGCGGCUUCCCGCAAAUCGUCCGUGCGAACCUUCCUGGCCGCCUUCUUGAUCCUUGGACACCCUGCCCAAGUCCUCAGUCGCGACGGUGACCAGGAACAGGAUCUUAUCCAAAAAGCCAAAGAGCUCAUCAUGGCCUUCGAAGCUGCGCUCAGCAAAUUGACAACGUUCAACUACUACACUCCUUCACCCACACGUCUCGAGACCGUUGCACUUGCGCACGGCGCAUUCAUGACUGCUUUCAACCAGUGGAAGGCACGCGACUCAUCUGCGCUCAUCGAGACCAUGGUAGCAUCUUUCGUAAGCCUUGAUGCGAUCUGGCAAAGUGUGAAGGACCAGACGGUAGAAGUUGUGGCUGAGGAAUACAAGAGUGGCAUACGCGACAACCAGGCAAUCUUGCUGAGCAAAAUAAAGCGUCUCGCAGGCCCUGAUCGUGCCUUGCAACUGAUCAGGAAAGCUAUCCGUGAGUCCCGGCGGGCGCGACCUAAGAAAGGUCCCAGCGGUGAAGUUGCACGUCCACGUGUGGCUUCACCCACGCCAGCGUCUCCCAUCUCUGAGGAGCAGGCAGCGGUACAGGCGCAAGCGGCAUCCCAGCUGGCGGAGUCGGAUGCUACCCAGGCCUCCGAGGGCCACCAGGCUCAAUCUCUUUCCAAACUCUUCACCUCGAUUCCCACGAACAGGAUCCUCGUCCAUGAGCUGUCCAUCGACAAGGAAUACCGCAUCGACGCAUCGCCAACUGCUGACCUCCGCGACGCCCUGAACCGCGAACUCUGCGAUGCCAUGCGCCAGGGCAUCGAACAUGGAGAAGGAACGGUUUGGACAGCGGCCAUGGCGGAAAAUAUACGCGCAAAGCUUUUGCGUCUCCUCAAGCCGGGCAACACCAUGCACACCUUGAUCUCCGAAACCUUGGAUGCCGACCUCAUCAGCCAACAGUCUAGUCAAGGAAUGUUCUCCUACGCAAAGUUCUUCACUUUCAUGGCGAAUAUUCUCCCCAAACUCUGCGCUCCUUUUCGUGAUGCUGAGGUCAAGGCAUUAGCAGACAAAUUGCAAGAAGAAGGGACCUUGCCUGAGAUGAUCGAGAAACUUUUUGAGCUUCUUCAUAUCAUCGAUCUCCUUUCUUUGGACUACUCCAACUUCCUGCUUAUGCAAUCAGCUCCAGUUUUGAUCAAGGAAGCUCCAUCGUACGAACAGCGGGAAUUCGCUGAAGAUUUAGAGCAGGGCAAAAUCACGCUAAAAAGGACCCGACGUUGGUGGAGAAGUGCCGCUGUCAACAUGCACACAGAAGCUGACAGACGGGACCCAUGGAGCGAAUCGCUACCCAUGAACCGACCUACACCUCAGAAGAUCUACGCUCGUGGCUUGAUCGACCUCGCUAUAGCUACCGCUCCACUGAGAGAUUCCGAACUACCCGAAACGCUGGAGCUGGAUCGAGCCCGCAUUGCCCGCAUCCGCGCAGAGGCUCUUCGCAUCACGACGAUUGGUGGCAUCUUGCUAACGGCGAAGAACCUUCUUAAGCGUGACGUUCGUUCUCAGUGGAAGAACGAAGCAAAUCGUAUGUGGGAAACGCUCAAAGAUGGCUAUCUGAAGGAUCCCGCUACGCCUUCCAAGAUCUCAUCGCUACUUGAGUCGUCACACGCUAUGCCACCUUCUACUCGCGCCCAGCUUGCCUCGACUAUCACACGCCUCCUUACGCAAGCCGAUGCAGGCCGGGUCUCUGAUCCUGUCACGAAGGUUCUAUUCCAGCGUUUGAAGACACACAUCUUCAACCGCGUGUCAGCUAGUAGCUCUAGCGAACGCGUCAAAGCCGCAAGCACAGCUACCGAAGGCCUCGCUACCACUGGGCUUCCAGAAUUUGUGUCGCACGUUGGCGAUAUCUGUGAGCAGCUGGGCAAGGUCAGUGAAGUUGACCGGAAGGCGCACGGCAAAUGGUAUGAGGAGAUCGCAGAAGAGCUGGAAAGGCUUGGUGCCGAAGGCGUCGACAUCACGUCCAGCUCUGAGUCGGAGGCUUCUGCUGGCAGCGCAUCUGAGUGAUGCAGAGUACGUUUUGCUACCCUAGGGUGAUCAAACCCGUUGGAAGGCGUCUGCUGCUCGCUAUACGCCCGUCUUCCGUUGUGCAUGUUCUUGCUAUUUCACUUUCAUGCUUCUGUUGUUCCGCUUGUCGUAGUUUUCGGAUUUGUUGAACUUUGGUUAUUCGGCGUUGUGGGCCUUUCUUUGGUACAUGACUUGGGGUUGGAUGUCAUCUUUGUAUGGCUUCAUGAUAUCAAUUUGG